UUUUUUUUUCAUCAGAUCCCUCUUUGACUGAGAAGGCGGAAACGCAAAUGGCCAAAAACCGAGUUGGAUUCAACGCGAAAGGCCGCCAAAGCAAGCGCACCUCGGGCGCGUCGGUGCUGCCCGGGUCGGCGAUGCCAGCAGUUGCACACGCGUCCAAGAAGCACACUGGUACCAGCGUAGGCGCAGCGGGAUCCACUGCACCGGCUGCACAGGCCGCCAAAGUGGCGAGCGCGCUCAAGCUCCUGUCGCCUGCGAACGCCUCGACCGCGACCGGCUCGCCAAGCGCCCAGAAACCACUCACAGGCACCAGUGCCACCCAAAGCAAGCCGCACAGCGCGACGAAAGCUGGCGCCAAGGCCAAGCGCGCCGCCGCCGCCGCCGCUGCAGCUGCGCCACACGUGGUCCUCGUGGACGUGGAUGCGCUUGCUGGAGGCUCCCGCGCUGUCACGUCAAGCUCAAUGCAGCCCACGCACAGCGAUUUGUCGGGUUCUGGGAGCAGUCUGGGCGGAGCGGCAGUCCCGAUGAUGACCUCGAGCGACUUUGGCACUGCUGCUGGCUCCUCUGCCUCGCUUGUGGCUAUCGACUUUGAUGCACAACAGGCGGAUGGCAGCAAUGCACUUGUGAUGCCAGGGUCAAGAAAGGCCAGCAAACGCGCGGCGGAAUCGCAGGACAAUGACGACAGCAAACGGCCGCGCCUGUCCACCAAGCAGCGACGGCGGCUCGAAGCCAUUCUCAGCAAGAAGCAGAAGGCUGCGCAGCGAUCGGCCUUGCUCGAGUCACUGGCCAUGUCUGCGUUGCCUUCUGGCCAACUCAACUUGUUGAAGUCGUCAUCCAAGCUCGGCCACUCAAAGGAGACGACCAAACAGCUGCUCAAACGCCAGCUCGUUGAAGAGCGCGUUGGUCUCUCGUUCGCGGCCCAAGACGCACAGGAACUCGGCCCCAAGGCAUCCCUGUACGUUCCGCGUGUGGCCGCGGGAGAGGGCAGCGACAAUGACAGCGGCGACGACGGCGAUGAUGCUGAUGAUGAUGAUGACGACGACGACGACGACGACGACGACGACGACGACGACGACGACGGCACUCCGCGGGCUUUCAAAGCGAAUGGGGCUGCGUUCAAUACUUCUUCGUCCAUGAGUUUGGCUGCGCUGGCGAAUUGGGCGGCCGCACCGCAGACCCUGUCCCCUGCAGCUCAAGCCGCCGCUCGAAACAGCCUCAAAGGUGCUCCGGCCGCCGUGAAAAAGGCACCAGUCACCGGCACUACUGCCAAUGGCAGUGUCAGCAACGCGCAGCGAGAUGUCCAACGAAAGGCUGAAAUGUCACGUUUGCAGCAAAUGUCAAUGAAGCUGAAGGCUCCUUCGUCUGCUGCCGCCGCUGCUCCACCGCCGGUUGAGUCAUCGUCAUCCUCCAGCUCUUCCAGCGAGGAAGAUGAAGAUGAGGACGAGGAAGAAGCAGCACAAGACGACGCAGAGGAGAAGAAGAUGGCCCAAGUUCGAACAACAACAGCAACAACGUCGCAGCCUGCCGCUGAUCGUUCCAUUGUAACACCAACAACAACAACAACAACAGCCACAGCAACCACAGCAACACCACCACCAGCAGCAGCACCCGCCGAAGCCACACCAGUCCCUUCCAAACCCGCCUUUUACGUGACUGUCAAGCGCCCCGAACACAUUCAAGCAGCCCGAUUGCAGCUUCCGAUUCUUGCAGAGGAACAGCGCAUUAUGGAAGCCAUCACGGAAAACGACGUGCUCAUCUUGUGCGGUGAAACUGGCUCUGGCAAAACCACCCAAACACCCCAAUUCUUGUACGAGGCAGGCUACGGCAGCCUCAACCCCAAGAGCCCCCACCCAGGGCUGAUUGGAGUGACCGAGCCUCGCCGAGUCGCCGCUGUCAGCAUGGCCCGGCGCGUUGCUGGCGAACUCUGCUUGUCAGAGCGACAGGUGUCGUAUCAAAUCCGCUACGAGGGCACCGUGUCAAACGACACGCGCAUCAAGUUCAUGACGGAUGGUGUGCUCUUGCGUGAGAUUGAGAACGACUUUCUCCUUCGGAAAUACUCGGUCAUUAUCAUUGACGAGGCUCACGAGCGCAGCAUCAACACGGACAUUCUGAUUGGCCUGCUGUCGCGCAUUGUUCCGCUCCGCGCAGAGCUUUCUCGCGAGCAACUGCGCCAACCCCUUGCCGACAAGGCGACCGCACGACUCCAACCGCUCAAACUUGUCAUCAUGUCUGCAACACUGCGUGUUGAGGACUUUACGAGCAACGCACGGCUCUUCCCGUCCGGACCGCCUCCAGUCUUGUCUGUCGACUCGCGCCAGUAUCCCGUCACGGUGCACUUUAACAAGCGGACGCCGCCCAAGGACUAUGUGACUGAGGCGUUCAACAAGGUGUGCAAGAUUCAUCGCCGGCUGCCUCCAGGUGGCAUUUUGAUUUUCGUGACUGGCCAGCAGGAAAUUGCCGAUCUCGCCCGCAAGCUCCGCGACGUCUUCCCAGCCAAGGCCAGCAAGCGGGCACUGGAGCGUCUGCGGGAGGCGACCGAGCACGGCCGUUCCGUUGCAGCCACCGCCGCGGCAGCUCGAGCGAUUGCGAGCAGCCCAGCUUCUGCCUCUGCUGCUUCUUCUUCGACCAAGGACGAGUCAACCUCUGGAGACCUUUUCGAGUCCGGCACUGGCGAGAACGACAUUUCACCCACUGAACAGCUGGCCGGUGGUGUGGCGGAGCUGAUUGACCAGAUGCAACAUCGCCCAGCAGCUCCAGGCGGAUCUGCAGCUGCCAAGGCCUCGCCCAGUGUGUCUCGACGCACCGAGGAUGACUCCGAUGCCUCCGAUGCCGACGACCAGGACGACAUGGAUGUUUCCAGUGGCUCGGACAACGAGUAUACCAGCGACUUUGACGACGAGGAUGGUUUCGAUAUGGGUGACGAGGAAGACGACACGGUUGCACUGGACAAUCCGUUCAGCCUUGCGAAUGUCAUGCGCACGACUGACUCUUCCACUAACGAAGAAGGCCCUUCAACUGUGAGCGCUGCGGACUCGGCGCCGUCGUCGGCCUCGCCGUCUAGUAGCAAGAAGCCCGCGCCUGCCCGCCGCGAAACGCUGUCUGAUAACGACCUUGGCCUGCACAUCCUCCCGCUGUACUCUCUGUUGCCAUCGGCUCAGCAAAUGCGUGUCUUCCAGGAUCCUCCGGCCGGAACGCGUUUGUGUGUGAUUGCCACCAAUGUUGCCGAGACUUCGCUGACCAUCCCUGGCAUCCGAUACGUCGUUGACACUGGCAAGGUCAAGGAGCGCCAGUUUGAUCGCACCACUGGCAUCUCGUCAUUUGCCGUCGAGUGGGUUUCCAAGGCUGCCGCGAAUCAACGCGCUGGUCGUGCGGGCCGUACCGGACCUGGUCAUUGCUAUCGGCUGUACUCCUCGGCUGUCUUUGAGCACGAGUUCCAGCAGUUCUCUCCGCCCGAAAUCGAGCGAAUGCCCAUCGAGGGUCUGUACCUGCAGAUGAAGAACAUGGGCAUUGACAAUGUGGUCAACUUCCCUUUCCCGACACCGCCCGAUCGCAGUGGCUUGGCCGCUGCCGAGCGCUUGCUUACAAGUCUCGGCGCUAUCGAGUCUACCACAAAGCACGUCAGCGAAGUGGGUCGCGCCAUGUCGCAGCUGCCCGUGCUGCCUCGCUACGCCAAAAUGCUCAUGCUUGCCCGCCAGCACGAUAUGCUGCCGCUGGUCGUGUCGCUCGUUUCUGCGCUGUCCGUCCGCGAUCUCUUCACCUUGGACACGCAACGCGCCGAGAUCAUGCAGCAGGAAGAGGAAGACCAGGAAGCACAGACGGCCAUGCGGCAGCUGGGCAUUGCCCGAAAGUCGGCCGACUCGACUGUGUCCGCCUCCAACGCCGCCGCCGCCCGCGCAGCCAUGUCUGUGCGACAGCAAUGGGGCGCCAUUGCCCAGUCCCUCGAGUCGGACUUGCUCGUGAUGCUCGCUGCUGUUGGGGCGUUCGAAUUUGGAACCGCCGACGAAAAGUUUUGCCUGGCACACUGCUUGCGCUACAAGGCGCUUGUGGAAGCUCGCAAGCUCCGUUCCCAAUUGGUGGAUGUCGUCAAUGCACUCCAGCGCCAAUCCGCCCCAAACCAAGCCCCGCUCAAGGCCACUGGCAAAAUCAAGCCUCCCUCGCCUGUCCAGUCCAAGCUGCUCAAGCAAAUAGUGCUUGCCGGGUUUGGUGACUGCGUUGCUCGGCGCAGCGAGGAGAUUGCUGUUUACGGCAAAAACUCGGCCCGACUGGUGCCGUAUCUCUGCUCUGCCACCGACGAGCCCGUCUUUAUCCAUCCGUCCAGCUUUAUGCCGCGCGCCAAUCCGCCGCUAUUCGUCGUGUACCACGAGCUCACGCGUGCUGCUGCCAAAGCCUCCAACCCCAACCAGCAGCCAAGGCUAUACAUGCGCGGCGUGACGGCGAUUGACCCCCUCUGGCUGCCCGUGAUUUGCCCGGCGCUGAGCGUGCUUUCAAAGCCACUGGAGCUGCCCAUGCCCCGUUAUGACGCUGCGACUGACCGCUUGCGUUGCUACAUUUCCGGCACGUACGGACAGCGCAACUGGUCCAUCCCGGCGCAGGAGAUGGACUUUCCCGCAGGCGGCGAGCGAUACCGCUGGUUUGGUCGCCUGCUGCUCGAGGGCAAAAUCUUGCCAGGAUUCGCUCAGUUUGAGCCCGAGCUUGUCAGUCGCCCCAACGUGCUAAACAAGACGUGGGCGCAGGAGCGCAUUGUUUCGAUUGUGCGCGCGCUCUCCGACAACCACAUUGAUACCAAAGCCAAACUCCUCGCCAAGUGGGAGACCGACGUGCGCUUCUUGCUGGAGCCUUACAUGCUCUGGCUCCCCAAAGAGCUGCACGCGACGGUCGUGGCAAACUGGCCGUUCCGCAGCGAAACGACCGCCAAAUUCCCCGUGCGCGCUCCUGCAGGUGGCAACCGGGCUCCCGUCAUCAACCGCGCGUUGGAACAAAUGCAACGAAUGGGCGUCAACGAAGGUGGCACUGCCAUGGAUGUUAGCAGUGAUGAGGAUUCCGAUUGAGCUGGUUUUUUUCUUUUUGGUUGUUGUUUUGCGCAUUGUCUGGAGUCUGCUGUAUUUUUU